AUGUCUCACCAAUCCUCUGCUGACUCUGAUGACAAGAUUCCUUCUCAUCCAUCUAAAGAUGCCAACUUUGAGAAAAAACAAGAUGACCCUUUUCUCUUGAGCACCCAAAAGAGCCAAAACCAUGAUGAUAAAGAUAAAGCAUCUUUUGUUUGCAACAAGGAGAAAAUGGCUUCUGCUAUGGAUGAUGUAGAAGUUGAAGCAAAAGAGUUAACAACUGUGGAUGAGGAAUUGGAAGAGAUGAGUGAAAGAGAGAGGCUGAAGAGGCAUAGAGUUGAAGUAGCUGGAAGGGUUUGGAUACCUGAAAUAUGGGGUCAAGAGGAACUAUUGAAGGAUUGGAUAGAUUGCACUGCAUUUGAUGCUCCUUUGAUUCCAAGCAAGAUCACUAUGGCACGUGCUGCUUUGGUUCAACAGGGUACUGCUAGAGCCAAUGCUGCUCCUCUAAGUAUAGAUAACAGGUGUUAG